CUGAUUGCUUGUCGUCGUCUUCGCAUGGUUGCCCAGUCAAUCGCGACCGAAUGAAUCGAAUCCCCACCUCCUCCCCCAACCCAACCCAGGCCAAGUCUCCUCCCCUUCCACCAUCCCCUUCCUCUCCCCCAGGUCGUCUCCUCCUCAGCCGCAUCCACCCCUCCCACUACUCCCCCUCCGAGUCCCCACCCCUGACGCGGCGUUUUCUUCCUCUGGCCCCGCCGCCGCCGCCCCGCCGCGCCAUUUCGUCCAGUUCUUGAUCCGUGAUCCGGCGGCGUUAGGUGGUGCUGCCUUUGACGAGGGCGGGCGGGCGGCGCGGCUGAUCCGGCGGCGUUGAUGAAUUCGCGCCGGUCCAGGUCAGUCAAGCUCGUGUCGGCGCGCGCCAACCGGCCCCUCGAGGUGGGCAUCGCCGAGGAGGAGGAGGACCCCCGGAUGAGCUCCUCCGCCGACAACACCGUCUACUGCUGCAUCGCCAGGGGCCACAAGGUCAUCUACUGCUACAACAGCAAGGACGGCGACCCGCAGAUGGAGGCCACCGCCGCGCUCUGCCUCGAGAACUCGCCCGCGCACCACCGGCAUUACAUCCACACCUCGGGCUCCAGGAGCUACGCCUACCUGAUGGCCGACGCCCACACCUUCUUCGCCAUCAUCGACCCCAGCGUCGGGAACGCCGGCGCCCUGCAGUUCCUGGAGCGCGUGCGGGACGUGUUCAGGAAGAACGCCAGCAGGAACGGGUUCCAUGACUCGCUGGUGCCGGCGGUGCAGAGGCUGGUGGCGUCGCUGGAGAAGAUGCCCCACGCCACCUUCGUCCUUGAGGAGAGCGCGGAGAGGGGAGGGGCGAAUGAGAGCUCCGGCUGCACGUCGUCGAAGGUGCCUCUGCUGGGGAAAAGUGGGAGCAGGAAGGAGAAGAAGAAAUCCAAGGAUAGGUUGGCGUCGGCAGGGGACGGCGAGGAUGAGCAUCAUGGGACUAGGGGGGUGAGGAUAGAUGUGUCGGCAGAGGAAGUCAGCGGCAUGUCGCUGGAGCGGAGCUCAAGCCAGUCCAGGCUGCGACGGCAGCAGCCCUCGCGGUCCUUGUGGAUGCGCCAUGUGAAGAUCAUCAUCAUCGUCGACGCCGUCAUCUGCCUGGUGUUGUUUGCUGCCUGGCUGGCCGUGUGCAAGGGCUUCCAGUGUGUUUCAGGGUGAUGAAGCAGAAUCCUUGCAUCGAUUGUGUACAGUUUUUGAGGUGGCUCUGAAUUUGGUGAGGUUUGACGCCUUCCUUAUUGGCGGUGAAAUGUUGAUAUACUAGAGAUCAUGUGGUCAAAAAAGGCGGUGAACAUUCUGGCGGGCGGAUGCUACAAUUACCAAGUAACAGUAUGUUGAUGAUCAGAUCAUGGAAAUAGGAGGCUUGAAGUCUUGAACAUGUACAUAUGCUUCAUCCCUGUACAUGAGAAUUAAGUAGGAUUUCUUCUUCUUCUAGAUAUCGGGUCCCCGCGUGUGUGAUAUAUGAUUCCUUUGAUAAUAAUAGAUGUGCAGAUGAUGAUAUGAUAUAUACCUUGCUUACAGUAUAUGAGUCAA